AUGUCUUCGGAUCGCGAAUUGAGUCUGCCGAUGAUCAAGACGAGCAAUUCGACCGAUGAAAUCGGCGGAAAUGACGACGAAUUUUGCAGGAGCGAAGAUUGCCAGACGCCGAGAUCUCCGCGGCACAUGAUCCCCGCCGUCCUCCGCUGCCCGCCGGCGCCGAAGAAGCGGCGCCAGGCCGCCGCAUGCAAGAGGAAGCUCUGCGAGCUGGAAUUCUUCGCCGGAGAGGAGAUCGAGUCGCUUUUCAGAAUUGUGGAGGUAAACAACAGCUGCGAUGGCUAUGGCUCCGCAAAGAGGAAUUGUUUCAUCUGA